AUGCCACCAAGGAAGACUCGAUUGGCGAAGGAACCAAGCCGAGGAACACGCCGAUCGACCCGGCGAAAUGAGGUUGUGGAUCAUGGAUUCCCUGAUAUCUAUGGUGACAUGGUGGCAGAAGUUGUCGCGGACGAAAGUUCUGAGCGACUAGCCACGCGAUCAUCUAAGCGCCGCAAAAUUAGCAAGGAAUCAUCCGGCAAUAUUCAACUCGACAUCGACUUGUUUGGACCUACUCAACAUGAGGAUGCAAAGUCCCAGCUCCAGGAGCAGGAAGCUAUUGUGCCAGUAUUACGACAAAUAGUUUACGACGAUUUUGGAGAUUCGGAUGACUCUGAUGUUGAGUUUGAGGAUGUUGAAUUGGAACCUGCCCAGGAUGACGUCGAUAUGGAUGAAAACCCAGAGCAGAAGACCCUUCAGCUUGAUCUAUCGACCCCCGCACUCGAGAAUUCAAGAAGCGCUGUCCGCCGGCGUAAGCCAGUCGGUUCUGCUGAGCGAAAAAAGCGUCUUGAAGUGCAUAAAGCACACCUGAUCUGUCUUCUGGCGCACAUGAGCUGUCGCAAUCGCUGGUGUGAAAGCGAAAGCGUGCAUGCAGUAUUGAAGCCGUUGGUGCCACGGAAAGUGAUCUCCCUACUCCACGACGAUGGGUCGAAAGCACAGUAUCAGAGGUCGCACUCGUUCACGAAAGGCAUCGAGGAGAUAUGUUUGCUCUGGAGAACGACGUGGAAUAUAUCAGAGAGAGGAAUGCGUCGAGCUCAUUGGAAAGAAGAGGUCGACGCGUUGAAAGAAAUCGAUGACAUUGAAGAUCUCGUUGAAUUCGAAGAUUUUAGGUCUGCUGCGAUAUCACACCGUGGAUCACGGGAUCUUGGUGCUCAAUUAUUUUGCGCCUUACUGAGAUCCAUCGCGGUGGACGCAAGACUAACUUGUUCACUACAAGUCCUUCCCUUUUCAGGUGUUGCAAAAGGCCUCACUCCUGAGAAACCCAAAGCACAGUACUAUCAAGCGCCUUCUCAGAACUAUAACUCUUCUCCAUUCUCUCGCCCGGAGAGAGCAUCGGGCCCGCCCCGAAAACGAAUCGUCGACUCUCCGUUUCCUAUUUUCUGGGUAGAAGUCUUCUCGCCGGCAACGUCAACUUGGAUACCAGUAGACCCUCUUGUACGCAACACGAUCAACAAACCAAAGACUGGAUUCGAGCCUCCAGCAUCAGACCAAUUGAACAGUAUGACUUAUGUGCUAGCUUUUGAAGAUGAUGGCUCCGCUAAAGACGUCACGAGACGCUAUACGCAGUGGUUCAACGCAAAGACGCGGAAACAACGUGUCGAAAGCACCAAAGGCGGUGCGGAAUGGUGGAAGCAAACAAUGGAUGUGUUUCAAAAGCCUUUCACUGAAAUCCGAGAUGAGAUCGAGGAUGCGGAUCUCCUCAGGCGAGCGGCGACGGAACCCAUGCCUCGCAAUGUACAAGAUUUCAAAGGUCAUCCCGUCUACGUGCUUGAGCGGCAUCUCAGGCGGAACGAGGUCAUAUCGCCACGACAUGUAGUCGGGAAAGUUAGUGCUGGGUCGAACAGGAAUGCAAAGCUUGAAGAUGUCUUUCGUCGAAGAGAUGUCCAUGUUUGUCGUACAGCAGAUGCGUGGUAUCGACGUGGUAGGGAUGUAAAUGAAGGAGAGCAGCCUUUGAAGCGAGCUCUCCCAAGACAAAAGAGAGACGCAGCGGCACGGCGGAUCAACGACUUUGAGAAUGAAGGCGAGGAGGCGGACGAAGGGAUGGCUCUAUAUGCUCAGUUUCAGACGAGCCUCUACGAACCUCCUCCAGUGACCGAUGGACAAAUCCCAAGAAACGCAUAUGGAAAUUUGGACGUAUAUGUGCCUUCGAUGAUUCCCGCAGGUGCGGCUCAUAUUCGUCAUCCGCUCGCCGCCCAAGCGGCGAAAGUGCUGGAAAUCAAUUUUGUCGAAGCAGUUACCGGCUUUGAGUUUAAGGGUCGUCAAGGUACGGCUGUGAUUGAUGGAGUUGUUGUCCAGAUCAAUAUGUGCACUGCGAUGGUGCAUGUGAUCGAAGGCCUGGAAUCUCAGGCUAACGAAGAAAUUGAGGCCCAGAGAAGCAGACUUCUCCUAGGAAUGUGGAAGAGGUGGCUCGCGGCACUAAGGAUACGGGAGAAGGUGCAUCGAGAAUACGGGACCGGAGAGGAAGACAACCACGCGAACGAUUCUGCUGACCAGGAAGAAGACAAUGAGAGCACUUACCAAGGAGGCGAAGAAGCAGGCGGCUUCAUGCCUGAAGCUUCUGAGGGUCCAGCCCACGCUGUCGAAAAAGAUUAUUCACUUUCGUUCCCAAGUCUCAAGGAGAUUGGUCUGUUAUUACCGCCAGCGGUUGUCCACCAAGACGUUAUAAUUGUGAGAUCUCCAAAUAGCCUUCCUCAUGCGUCAGAAUCUACAGCAAGAGGGGAUUCCUCUCAUACAAAACAAGUCGAAGGUGCCGUUGAAGAAGCAGGAGGUUUCUUUACUGAUGAUGGACGGGAAACACGUCUUGAGGAGGACACAGAAAUGCAUGCUGAUCCAGAAACGGGCGGUGCAAUGGACAAUGACGCCGACGAAUCCGAAUCUGGCGGAGGGUUCUUACCUGAAGACGAAGAGACUCUUGAGGGCGUUGGCGUCGAGCCCGAGCCCGAUUCUGGGACAUACGCCAUUGAAGGCCCAUCAAAGUCCCCAACCGCAGAAGUGCGAGCUGUCGACAAAGUCACUGCACCACCCUCUUCUGAUGGAGGGGUGAUUGCUGAUGGGGCAUCAACAACCUAUCCUAUGGAGAUAGUAUUCCCACGAGACAAUUCCGUUCACGGUGGCCUAUCGGACUCUCAAACUCCUCAAGUAACUAAACGCGAAGCUGGGGCGCAACCAGACGCAACAGUAUCCCCGCCUUCAACGGCCAGUCUGCAAUCAGAAACCUCACUGCUUUCGCACGACCCUGAUGAAGAGGAUGCUGAGCCUGAAUGGUUGCUCAAUAGUCUUGGGGAGUUAGGUUGA